UUGGGAAAAAUGCAGCAAGAACGUGUUCAAAACGCCAAGAACUCAAUUUUCGUCGGGGUGGGUCUUUGAGCAGGUGCAAACCCCUCUCUGACAGAAACAUGAUCGGCGCUAGGACCUUGGGAAGGGGCUCAUUACGGGGAGAAAACGCUUCUUUUUCGCUCCCGGUGCUGCAUUCAGGGUCCUGCGUCUGACCUGUGCAGCUCACCGAGGACCUUCAGAUGUUCCUCUCAUUUAAACAGCCUGUAAACGUGCAGGCAAACGGGUCCUUCUGAGGAGCAUAAGGGACCAAAGGGGAGAAGAAGUAUCUGUGAGUGGAGAUGAUGAGGGGGACGUGGAGAAAUGACCCUGCAGGGCUCAUCUGAUGGGGAGGACAGCUUGACUGGGAUGUAAACAAGGACAACAAUCUCUAAACAACACUUUCCAUAAUGAUGCCACGUGAGAUCUCCCUCCUAACUCACCUGCUCCUCCAGUAUCUUUUACCUCUUACCCUUUCCCUCCUUCAUCCUCCCCACCACCCCCCCGUCCAUGUCCCCUCGCUGGUCCCUCACACGCCGAAGCCUCUCACCCGCUCCCGCUUCAGCGCCCACACUCAGCUGGACCUCAACACUCACUGCAACUCCAGCUGUUUCCACAGAGGAGAGCAGGAUGACUGGGGGAAGCAGCUGACGGAGAAGCUGGCCUUUGAGACGCUGUACGCAGACGGCUCCCGUACCCUCACCACAGUCGACGUGGAGGCUGACGAUCACGACUCGGAGGAAGAUGCAGGCCUCAAACCAAGCCUGCUGCCUUGGAGGAGUUCGGGUGUGAAGCUCAGACACAGACGCGUGAGGCGGCAGAUCUACGGAGCGGAUGGACGGUUUAACAUCCGAGGAGACAACUUCCUGUUGGAUUACCCUUUCUCCACGGCGGUGCGCAUCUCCACUGGCUGCACCGGUGUGCUCGUGUCUCAGCAGCACGUCCUAACCGCUGCCCACUGUGUGCAUGAUGGGAAAGAUUAUGUUAAAGGCGCACAAAGGCUCAGAGUGGGCUUUCUAAUUCCCCCAUCUAUCAACAGCACUCAGGCUGACUUUAAUUCGGCCAUAAAGCCUCUGGUUCGGUGGGUGCGGGUGAGACGUACACGUGUGCCUAAGGGCUGGAUUCAGGGCCCUCAAGAGGUGAGCAUGGACUUUGAUUAUGCGCUGCUGGAGCUGCGGUGGCCUCACCGACGUCCCUUCAUGCGCCUCUCCGUGGCUCCUUCCUUAGAUGAUCUGGCAGGGAACCGUAUCCACUUCUCCGGCUUUGACAGCGACAGGCCCGGCGAGCUGGUGUACAGAUUCUGUGCAGUGGAAGAGGAGUCCAGCGACUUGAUAUAUCAGCACUGCGACGCCCGCCCUGGAGCCAGCGGCUCUGGAGUUUAUGGACGAGUGUGGGACAACAGCUUGGAGCGCUGGGAAAGGAAAGUUAUUGGCAUUUUCUCCGGCCACCAGUGGCUGGAGAUAGAUGGAGAAAACAGGGAUUACAAUGUGGCGGUGCGCAUCACCCCGCUGAAGUUUGCCCAGAUCUGCUACUGGCUGCAUGGAAACAGAGUAGACUGCAGCCACAACUAGAAAAUACGAGGAAGCACAAAGUCACUUAGAAAACAGGGUGAAAUGUCCCAAUAUUUCACACAGAGGUCGUGUCUGCACCAGUUAAACAGAUGUUUUUCCCUUCUAUGAUUACUUUACUCUCUAAAUCUCCGUGUGAGAUCAUCUAAAUGGCAUCUUUUACUCACAUUCAACUUCAUUUCCACAGUAUUAGUCAAAUUUUUCUUUUUUUCUUGUUCUUGAUGUCAAGACUUUUAGAUUAUGGUUGUUAGUUUAAUCUACUGAAAACAUACUUCUCUAUUUCCUUCCAUUUUCAGUGAGUCAUUUGGUAUUUUUAAGGUUUUUCAUUGAUAAUCAGCUUGAAUUGAUCUAAUUGUAGUUUAUGAGCAUAUUUUACAGGAUAAAUUUUUGCCUAAAAUGUGCUAUUCUUAUGGUGGAUUGGGGAAAAAGACUGUUAAUUUUAUUUUAAUAAGAAAAUCCUUGAAAUAUUUUAAUAAACAGAGAUUUAUGCGUU